GGCUGCUCCACCUCCCUCGGAAGCUUGGGGAUACGCCCUCUCGAGAGCCUGAGGUCUCCCUCCGUUCCGCAUCUAACCCCUCACAAUUGCUGCAGGGCAACUGAAGCCCAAUAUUCUCUCGUUCUGAUUUUCGCUUCCUUGAGAACCUCGGCCCCACAUUCCCCACUUUACUGGAUGAUCUGUCCCUUCCCCACCCUCUAAAAUGUCCAAUAAUCUACAGAGGGUCUUCCUGAAACCCGCAGAGGAAAAUUCAGGCAACGCCUCACAUUGUGUUUCAGGCUGCAUGUAUCAAGUAGUUCAGACGAUUGGCUCGGAUGGAAAAAAUCUUCUGCAAUUACUUCCAAUUCCUAAUUCUUCUGGAAAUCUUAUCCCACUAGUUCAAUCUUCAGUCAUGUCUGAUGCUUUGAAAGGGAAUACAGGAAAACCAGUUCAAGUUACUUUUCAGACUCAGAUUUCCAGCUCUUCCACAAGUGCAUCAGUUCAAUUGCCCAUUUUUCAGCCAGCCAGUUCUUCAAAGUAUUUUCUUACAAGAACAGUAGAUACAGCAGAAAAAGGUAGAGUUACUUCUGUGGGAACUGAAAAUUUUACCUCAUCAGUUUCUAAAGUUAAGAGUCAUGGUGUGAAAAUUGAUGGACUCACCAUGCAAACAUUUGCUGUUCCUCCCUCAACACAAAAUGAUUCAUCUUAUAUUGUAGUCAAAACCCCGAAUCUUCCAAUGACUGUGAAGUCUCCAGUUUUGCCUUCCGGGCAUCAUUUACAAAUUCCAGCCCAUGCUGAAGUGAAAUCCGUACCUGCAUCAUCAUUGCCUCCUUCAGUUCAGCAAAAGAUACUUGCAGCUGCAACCACAAGUACCUCAGGAGCAGUUGAGUCCUCCCAAAUACCAACAGUUAUUUAUGUAUCUCCUGUAAAUACAGUGAAAAAUAUAGUUACCAAGAACUUUCAAAAUAUCUAUCCAAAACCUGUUAAAGAAAUAGCAAAGCCACUGAUACUAAAUACCACCCAAAUUCCAUCGAAAGUUGCUGCAGAGACACAAUUAAAAGGUGGUCAGCAUUCUCAAGCUGCUCCAGUGAAAUGGAUUUUUCAAGAAAAUCUACGGCCUUGUACUCCAUCUCUUGUUCCUGUUAAAUCUUCAAAUAAUGUGGCUUCAAAGAUUUUAAAAACUUUCGUAGAUAGGAAAAGUUUGGGAGAUAAUACUGUAAAUAUGCCACCAUUGAGUACCAUCAGUCCUAGUGGGACACAAUCCAUAAGUGUGCCAAUUAAAGAUAAUGCUUUGGUUAUGUUUAAUGGGAAAGUCUAUCUGUUGGCUAAAAAGGGGGCAGAUAUUUUGCCAUCACAAAUUGACCAUCAGAAUUCUGUUUCUCCUGAUAUUCCACUAAGAAAAAACACAUCACAGGUAGUGAGUUCAAGUCCAGUCACAGAAAUAUCCAGAGAGGUUGUAAAUAUUGUUUUGGCUAAAAGUAAAUCUUUACAGAUGGAGACAAAAUCACUUUCAAAUACCCAGCUUGCUUCCAUGAUUAAUCUAAGUGCAGAGAAGAAUAAAAUGUUCGAAAAAUCAUCUCUUUCUACCACAAACCCACAUAACAUGAAUCAAUCCAGUAACUACCUAAAACAGAGUAAGACUUUAUUCACAAAGCCAGUCUUUCCAGAUGGAUUUAGUACAGGACAGAAUGCCCCCAGAAAAGGAAAUACGAUCCAGAGCAUAGAGAAAAUAAAUUCCUCUGUUGAUGCAACAACUGUUACUUCACAACAGUAUGUUUUCAGAGACCAAGAAUCAAAGAUACAGAAUGAGAUGGCAUCAACAUUAGGAAAAGUCUCUCAAGGAAGAAAUGACAAGAAAGUCUCUCAAGGAAAUAGUGUUAAGGCAUCAUGUCUGAAGAGCGAUGCUGAAUUUAAAAAGAUAUUUGGUCUCACUAAAGAUUUGCGAGUGUGCCUUACUCGAAUUCCUGAUCAUUUGCACUCUGGAAAAAGUUUUGAUUCCUUUAGCAGUGUGAUGAAGAGUAGUACUAACACAGAGAAGGUGGUGAAGGAACAAGAGAGAAAACAGGGUUUUAAUAAGAAAAGAAAAGCAAAAAACAUGAAGAAGAUGGAUCACACAAAGAAGAGAAAAACCGAGAGUACCUGCAACACAGUCAUAAAUGGGGUAACUAUUGUCACCAGUUCCCAACCCCUCUGCAGUGUUUUACCGACUUCAGACUUAUCAAAAAAUAACAUUCCCACAAGCUGCAGCAAAACCAGAGAAGAAAAGAUAACUGAAGUAGAACACUAUUCCCACAAGAAGGAGGAGAAAGGUGCAUUGAGUUCAUAUGCAGCUUUUGAACAAAGUAAUUUCUUUAAUAAAAAAUAUACUGAAGAUAUUUUCCCAGUGACACCACCAGAAUUAGAAGAAACCGUCCGAGAUGAAAAAAUAAGAAGACUUAAACAAGUGCUAAGAGAGAAAGAAGCAGCUCUUGAAGAAAUGCGUAAGAAGAUGCACCAAAAAUAAUAAAAAUGUUAUGUACUGAAAGACUUUAAUAUGAAAUAACUGUGUUUUUUAAAUAGACUUUUGUAUUAGUAUAUUAUUCCACCCUUAUCUACCAGGAAUGCUUUUCAAAUGGAAGGUUCAAAAGUGGAGAUAGUACUGAACCCUGUAUACAAGCACUGUAAUACUGUUGACAGUCACUCUGAUAACAGUUACAUAAGUGAAUAAUGGUCAAGUAGCAGAUAUAGAGUGGAUACCCUGGACAAAGGGAGGAUUUAUGUCUUGAGCCAGGGGAGUGUAAGAUUUCAUCACACUACUCAAAAUGACAGAAUUUUUUAAAAAGUUAUAAAUUAUUUCUUUCUGGAAUGUUCUGCUUUAAUAUUUCUGGAUAGCAGUUGAUGGUGGAUAACUAAAAUCACAGAAAGCAAAACUGCAGAUAAACAGCGGGACUAUUGUUUGUUUUUUUUUUGUUUUUUUUUUUUGGAUUGAUUUUCUAAUUUAUUUUUUUUAAAUUUUUUAUUGUUGGUUGUUCAAAACAUUACAUAGUUCUUGAUAAAUCAUAUUUCACACUUUGAUUCAAGUGGGUUAUGAACUCCCAUUUUUACCCCAUAUACAGAUUGCAGAAUCACAUCAGUUACACAUCCAAUAUUGUUAAAUUAUAGAUGUAUUCUGAAAAUGAAACCUGUUCAUAUUCUUUGACAAUGAAACCUGUUUUUUUAUCAGUUGGUUAUAGAAUUUAAGAAAUACAGAAGAGGGUGAUUCAUGUAUGACUUGUGAAUAAUAUACAUGAGUUGUCUGAACCAUUUUCUUAGAUACCUUUUUCUGGAAGGAAAAAAUUUAUAUUUUUCUAUUAUUUUAACUGAAAACUUCCCAAGUUUGAAUAUUUGUAUAUAAGGUUUUUGUUAUUGUUGUAUCUUUAGCUAAAUUGCUCAGGUGUUACUCCAACAAUAGAUAAUUAGUGUGUACUAUUAAAAUUUUACAGUCCAAGAGAGGAAAUUAGCAGUAAACCUAAAUUUACCUUUGACUUUAA